CAGAAGAACCUCCAGCGCAAUGGCUGCUGCGGGCGCGUACCCCGGGCGAGUAGGCUUCGUGGGCGCGGGCCGAAUGGCAGAGGCCAUAGCACAGGGCCUCGUCCGAGCAGGGAAAGUAGAAGCUCAGCAGGUGCUGGCCAGUGCCCCAACAGACAGGAACCUCUGCCACUUCCAGGCACUGGGCUGCCAGACAACCCACUCCAACCAGGAGGUGCUGCAGAAGUGUUCGCUGGUCAUCUUUGCCACCAAGCCUCAAGUCCUGCCAGCUGUCCUGACAGAGGUGGCCCCUGUGGUCACUGCUGAACACAUCUUGGUAUCUGUAGCUGCCGGAAUCUCUCUGAGCACCCUGGAGGAGCUAUUGCCCCCCAAAACACGAGUGCUCCGGGUGUCACCCAACCUGCCCUGCUUGGUUCAGGAGGGAGCCAUGGUGAUGGCACGGGGCCUCCACGCUGGAAACAAUGAGGCCCAACUCCUGCAGAACUUGCUAGAGGCCUGUGGGCAGUGCGAGGAGGUGCCUGAGGCCUACGUGGACAUCCACACUGCCCUUGGUGGCAGUGGUGUGGCCUUCAGCCCUGCCAUGGGACUUCAAGGGUUUAUCCUCAGGCCACCUGUGAGCUCUGCUGUCUCUGGAAACUUCAUGCUUUGGUGGACCUUUGAGGCCAGCUUCUCGCAGAGCCUGGGUUCUGACUGCGGCCAUGGCUGGGUCCUCAAGGUAUGCAUGUUCUCUGAGGCUUUGGCUGAAGGUGCUGUCAAGAUGGGCAUGCCCAGCAGCCUGGCCCACCGCAUUGCUGCCCAGACCCUGCUGGGGACAGCCAAGAUGCUGCAGCAGGAAGGGCAGCACCCAGCUCAGCUGCGGACAGACGUACUCACACCAGCCGGCACCACUAUCUAUGGCCUCCAUGCCCUGGAGCAGGGUGGGCUGCGAGCAGCUGCCAUGAGUGCUGUGGAAGCCGCUACGUGCCGGGCCAAGGAACUCAGCAGGAAGUAGGGCCCAGCCUCCAGAAGAGGCCAUCUACUCCUUUCCCAGCCAAAGCCUGCAAAUGCUAAGUACCAUCCUGCAUGGUCUCCGAGUCCCCCCACCCCUGCCCCUUCCCUAAGGACCAGUUCUGGGUCCAUCCACAUGAAUCUCCUCCUCUUAUGCAAAGAAAUACAGUCCCUCCUGUGCAGGCCUGUUCUCA